CAAAGAGGAUUGCAUCACCAAAGCACACGAGUAUCAAAUUUCAGAUCUAGGUUGACCGUUAUACCAACACACCAUAACACUAAAAAAACAAAUCUCAAGAUGUAUUUCUGUAUCUCCUCAGAUUGUUCUGUAAUCCUGGAGUAUGACAAAAUAUUGCUUCAAUAGUUGCUAUGGUGAAAUACAGAAUCUGAUGAUGUGCAUUUUUUGUUUUGGGGCGCUACAGAAGGCAGAAUAAAACGACGUGAUGCUGCUUUUGUAAUGGCGUAUGAUCACCAUCAGUGUAUUAUCUUUUGUGAUCAAGAGCAAGAUUUAAUGAUUACUACAGCACUGGACCGGCUCAAGAUUUUUUCAUCAGUGUCCGUUCUGCGUUUUUCAUCGUCUUAGCAUAGAACAGCUAAUAAGAGUGACAGUUUCAUUUGAAAAUUGAAAGUGCUGUCAGCUGUUCCUUGUUUGUUUUGCCGUGCGAAACGUAAUAAAAAUAGGUGAAAAUGGAAAUGUAAAUGUGAAAAUACACAUCUAUCUUGGAUUAUUACCUUGUAGCAAUAGAUUUUACGACAUAAGCUCGUCAUAAUUUGAUUUUAGCCAAUACUUUUAUCAGAAUUGAAGUAGUUACUAGUGUAACAAGAUAAAUUAUAAGCAUUUAGCAGAAUCGAUUUUUAUAAAUAUUUAGAAAUGACAUCAUUAAAAAUGUUCUGGGACUGUAUCUUUUCUCCCAGAUUGGUGAAAAUUUACGGUAAUGGCCCCGUAGAAAGAUUGUAUGAACCAAAGACAUUUGAAAAAUGGGGGGACCAGGUGAUAAAUUCGGUGAGUCCUAUGUCUUGGAUCAUUAGCCCUAAGGCAACUUUUCAUUCCUUGCUUUAUAGUGAUGCAAUAUUCUGCAGUAUUAUUCCAGGGCCUUGAGCUUCAGAGGAACCUUUAGAACUAGUGUUAAUUCACUGUCAUUUGGGUUUUAUUCUACACAGAAUAUUUAGUUUGACAUUUAAUAAUAGCGACAAGAAAUAUAUUUUUUACACCUACUUGAAAAUCUACUUUACAAAAACAUUCAUACAUCCUAUUAUUGUAUUGAAUUAGAACAUAACAUGUUGAAUAAGAAAAACAUAAGGAACUAUAUUAAGAAAACUGGUUUGAAUUUCUAACUUUUUCACAGCUUUAUGUUAUUUGGAAAAUUGGUGUGUAUACAUCUCCAUUUCUUGUUGGAAUGCUUUAUCAAAGGGGCUACUUUGAACCUGAUGGUCUGAUUACAUUGACAAAACUUGUGACAAGUGUUGGAGUGAUUUUGGUGGUUUCAUUCUGCAUUAGAGGAAUGGGUCGUGCAGAAAACCCCACAUAUACUAGAUUUUUAGCCACUCUGCAGAGUGCUCAGAAAGAUCUCUCGCCCUCUAUCAAACAACAGCUGAACAUGUAUGAUUUUGAGUUCAAAGCUUGGCCAGUAGAGUACAAAUCCACAGUAGAACAUAGUGAUUCUAAUCCUAAGGCACUCUCUGUACCUAAACAACUUACAUUCCCUCAGUGCUUACUACAAAUUCCUUAUAGAAUUAUAGCAUAUUUUGCAAUUCAUACCUUUGGAAUAAGGCUGAUAUAUCCUGGAACAAUAGGAAUUCUGCAGAUGGUAUUAGAGCAAAGCUUGUUGCAAGGAAGGUCUCGCUUAGUAGAAUUAUACCAUGGUGAAAGAUUCAAGAUUGAGACAGUAGACAAAAAUGAAAUAGAUGCUCUGUAUAUAAGCAGAAGAGGCAAUACUACGAAUGGUAAUACUUUGGUAGUUUGUUGCGAGGGAAAUGCAGGUUUUUAUGAGAUUGGUAUAGCCAUCACACCUAUAGAAGCAGGAUAUUCAGUCUUGGGCUGGAACCAUCCUGGGUUUGGAGGGAGCACAGGCAGGCCGUAUCCGCCACAAGAAAAAAACGCGAUAGAUGCUGUAAUGCAGUUUGCCAUAAACAAAUUAGGAUAUAAGCCAGAAAACAUAAUACUUUUUGGAUGGAGUAUUGGCGGAUACACGUCGACAUGGGCAGCUAUGAGCUAUCCAGAUAUCAAAGGACUUGUUUUAGAUGCUACAUUUGACGACGUAUUGCCUCUAGCUGUUAAUCACAUGCCUAGGUGGUGGGGGCCCAUUGUAGAAGUAGCAAUAAGGGAGCACGUCAAUCUGAACAUUAUUGAGAACCUGGUUAAGUACCCGGGACCGGUAUUCAUCAUCAGGCGAACAGAAGAUGAGGUUAUAUGUUUAAGGGAGCAUGAUUUGUCUUCAAACCGCGGCAAUCACUUACUGAUGAAGUUGCUAAUGUUUCGCUAUCCAUGUAUUUUAGACAGAACCCAAACGCAGCUUUUGAAAGAUUAUCUAGCUGUCACGGGAGCAUCGCAAGAUGAGUUUUUCCGAAAAUAUGGAGUGGAUGACAACUACUGUCAGUCGCUGCUUCAGUCGUAUAUUUCCGAAUUCUCAAAAAGCUAUCCUAUGAAAAUUGGUGAAGAAUUUGGGGAUAUGGAUAAAUCUCGAAUGGCACUGUUUUUGGUGAGUUUUACUGUAUUAUGAAAAUUUAAUCCUGAGACAUAAGCAAAUGAAGUACAGCAGACGCUCGAUAAUGUAAACUAAUUUAAUCCAAGUGUGGUUCACAUUAUCGAAAUGUUUACAUUAGCGAACAUGAUUUAUAUAAUAUUCGAUUUAUUAAAAGAAACGUUUAAUACAUACUAUUUAUAACAAAAUAAACAAAUAUUCUAACAGCGAUAAGUAUUUUUUUAAUUAGAAGAAAAAUAAUUAACAAUUUUUGU